AUGCUAAAGCUAGGAAGCUCGAAGAAAAGAAUGACUCAGCACGUAGAUUUGGACAGAAAGAUACACGGGCUGGUGGUGGAUGACAAUCCCCUCAUCCGAAGAGUCCACAGCGCAAUUCUGAAUAGGCAUGGACUGGAAACCGAUUCUGCGGAGAAUGGAAAAGUAGCUGUCGACCUAUUCCUCUCCGGCAAGAAAUAUGACCUGGUGGUUAUGGACAUGGAGAUGCCUGUCAUGGAUGGAAUCCAGGCAACCGAGAGGCUUAGAGCCAUGGGAGUGAAGAGCAUGAUAAUUGGGGUGACAGCACGUGGCCUGGAUUCGGAGAAAGAGGCAUUCAUUAGGGCUGGGCUGGAUAAAUGCUGGGAGAAACCUUUGAAUGUAGAGCUUCUAAAUGCAGCCCUGAAUGAACUUACUAUGAAAGUGUAA